GAGUGUGGAUUGGGACACGAACGAAAGCUCUCUCUCUCGCCAUCUAGUGGUAGGACAGUGGUUGACAGUCAGCGUGUACAAGGUUAAUCAUUGAACUAACUUGUACUGCUCAGGGGAAGAGUGUUAGAGAGAGAUGAGCACCUGUUGCAUCUUGAUAUGGACGAUUUCAGAAGCAGGGAUGGGACAGAGGGAAAUGAAGAAGACGGUGUGUCGGUUGUCCCCUUCAGAGACGAGGACGCGGUGUUAACCGAAGUUGCCGGCAAUAAGGAGGAAGAGGAAGAGGAAGACGUAGAAAGUCAGCUACGAGGCAGUUUCCUAGUAGGCGAGGAAGAUAAUGGAGGUUCCCGCAUUUCACGGAAAAACUCGCGCAAAUGGACAGAGUGCUGGUGCUUUAGAGUCGGACACGAGCCCGAGGACGGCACGGAGUCACGCGCCGCCGCACUUCGCGGAGAGAAGAAAGCCUGUCCUGGUCUGGGCCUCAUCUACACUCUGCUGGCCUCAGUCCUCUUUUCAGUUGCUGCUCUACUUGUGAAGAAAAUCGAUGGGAUUCACGCUGUGGAAAUCAGUGCAAUCCGGUGCUUUUUUCAGAUGCUGUUUGUCAUGCCAGCCAUGAUUUAUUACAAAAUUGGUUUCCUGGGACCUCGAGGUAUGCGGGUGUACCUCUUUCUGCGAGGUUUCCUCGGCUCCAACGCUAUGAUCCUGCUGUACUACGCCGUGCUCCAGAUGCCGCUGGCUGAUGCCACUGUCAUUACAUUUAGCAACCCUGUCUUCACAUCAUUGCUGGCCUGGAUCUUCCUCAAAGAGCGCUGCACUAUAUGGGACGUCAUAUUCACCAUCUUCACCCUCACCGGAGUUAUCUUAAUAGCGAGGCCACCCUUCCUCUUUGGAGGUGAGCUCUCUGGCAUCGAGGGCAACUACAGCAACCAUGUAAAGGGCGCCAUAGCUGCCUUUUCAAGCGCCAUUGCGGCAGCAUGCACCAUGGUUAUCCUGAGAAAGAUGGGCAAAAAUGUUCAUUACUACCUCGCUGUGUGGUAUUAUGCUGUCCUGGGGUUUAUUGAAUGUAUCGUGGUGUUGUUCAUCAUAGAUGAGUGGGCAAUACCAUCAUGCGGUUGGGACAGGUGGAACCUGAUGGCCAUCGGGGUGCUGGGCAUCGGUGGCCAGACAUUCCUUACCAAAGCACUACAGGUGGAAAAGGCCGGUCCCGUUGCACUCAUGAGGACCACAGAUGUGGUGUUGGCCUUCAUACUGCAAUUCCUUUUCCUCAGUCGCAAGCCGACAUGGUGGAGCAUCUGCGGAGCGCUGUGCGUGAUUAGUAGUACCACCGGAGUGGCGAUCAGAAAGUGGUUCAACAGCACAAGGCAUAAAAGUUGAAUACCACGCAAAAAUGCCUCAGGACACAGAGUUGACGUUUUAUUACAUACACCUUUCUAGUACUUUAUUCACUGGCAACAAAACUCUAAUUUCUGUACACUUUGAGUUUAUAAGUCAGGUUUUUAUAGGUUUAGGUGUGUGCAACAAACCUGCAACUCUUUAUAAUGUCCUACUCUGCUUGAGUAUCCUAAAAGAGGUUUUUUGUAACUGAGAUACUAUGCACCAGUUUGUUUGGUACCUGUUAAACCAAAGAUCUUGGACUUAGAACAUUUUUAUACAUUACUAUAGAUUUUGCUUCUAGAACUUUUAUACAUUAUUACACCUUUAUCUUGAUUAUCUACUUCAAUUAACUUUCUAUUUAGGUAUACUUAUGUAUAUUUAUUUUUAUAUUUAAAUUAUAUAAUAAUUAAAAAAGAUAUAGUAUAUUUAUAGAAAUACUUAUUAUAGACUAUAGAAUCUGAAAGGUAAAGCAGGAGAGUGCUUCUGCACUCAACUACUGAGUUGACAUUUAUUUAUUUCUUUUUUGUUGUUAGAGAGAAACAAAAAAGUGGCAUCAAAUGUCAUGGACACACCUAGUGUCUUUUAUCAUUAAGAAAUUGAUUUAAUUGAGCAUAUGUUAUAUUCUAACAUAUACUGUACACGUUGGAUUUAAUCUUAGGCAGCAUUUCUUUAAAAAUAUUUAAACCUUGAAAUAAACUGUCCCAGUUUUAUGUAGGACAUUUUAGUGCACAAACAUUAACUAGACAAAUAUUGAUUUAUGCUUUUAUUUAUUAAUUUAUUUAUGUACAUGAAAACAUUUAUUGCACUUAAGACAAAAAAAGCAAUUUCAUAUAUAUAUAUUGUUUAUAUCACCUAUUUUUCCCCAUUUGCUCCAAUGUUGCUCCAUGUUAAUAUUUUCUUAUGGAUUUUUCUGAUGUAAGAAAGUUUAUCAUGUUUGUGACAGACGCACUUGGCACUGACUGAAUCAAAGUAAUAAAAAGCACUGAUAGAUGCAA